UUUAGACUAUUGUAAACAAGAUGGCUGUGAGUAACUGUUUCUUUUUUAUUCUUGGAAAUCUUUAAUGACGAGUGCGAAGUAGAGUGCAUGCAUGUUCACAAGUGUAAAGACAGGAAAAAGAAUUUUGUUUCUCUAUACUCAAAGCGAGAAUGCGUGCCAAAAGUUGAAGGAUACGUUUUAAACGUUGUGGAGUUGAUGGACGAACCGCAGCAUAUCGAUGAUUUCAGAACCCAUUUCCGAUUAUCUCGAGAGCUGUUUACAUUCAUCUUGAACGAACUUUCUCACACUCUCCAAAAAAACGGCCAUGGUCCUCAAGUGAAUGUGCCUCCUGACAAACAGUUAUUAGUGGCAUUGUGGUAUAUUGCAAAUACAGCAUCCAUGAGAGAAGUGGCACAUGUGUUUGGCCUCUCAAUGUCAACAGUGCAUGGAAUUGUGAAAGAUGUAUGUGAAGCACUAGCGCAGCUUAGCGACAGGGUGAUACAAUGGCCAUCCCCUGAACAACAACAGCGUACUGCAAUAGAAAUUCAGGACAUGUGCUCUCUUCCUGGCGUAGUGGUUUUCAUAGAUUGGACCCACAUACGAAUUUCCAGUGCGUUACAAGGACAGAAGGAUUAUUAUAAUAGGAAAGGAUUUCCUUCAAUUCAGUUGCAGGUUGUUGUGGACCACAAUAUGAAAAUUUUGAACUGCUAUACAGGUUGGCCUGGGUGUGUCCAUGACGCACGUGUGCUCAGAAACUGUGGACUAUACCAUAGAGCCGAGGCAGGGGAACUUAUUACACCAAAUUUCUACAUAUUAGGUGACAAUGCCUAUCCACUAAGGAACUGGCUUAUCACGCCCUUCAAAAAUGUGGGACAACUGACAAGACAGCACAUUAAAUUCAACAAGAGACUCUCCAGUGUUAGACAAAACGUAGAAAGGACUUUUGGACAUUUGAAAGGAAAAUUCAGGCGAUUGCGUGAUAUACCUUUGCAUAAUCACAGAGAAAUCUGUACUCUGAUUUAUGCAUCUUGUGUGUUGCAUAACCUGUGUGUUCAGUACAAUGAUGACAUCGACUGUUUUGUUGAGCAAGAUAUUGAACAUCAUCCUAACCAGUUUGAAAAUGUUUACCAGAAUGGUCAUGCUGCGGUUCUUCGUAGACUCCAGUUGGUUAAUAUUCCUUAACCAAAUAAAGAAUUACCAAAUAUCAGAAUUUUGUUUUUAUCAAUCUCUGACAUUUUGUUUUCUUCAAGUUCCUCUCAUAA